CGAUUUAUUAAUCGAUAAAAACAAAACAUAAACAAAAAGAAAAGCACCAAAGUGGCCGCUCCAGAAUUCCGCGCAAAAAAUGUCAUCGGUUGAAGUGGAAAAACACCUGAAAUCGCCGCCAGAAGGAGCUGGAUCUCCGGGAGGCGCCGCUGCCGUGGCCAUCAAGGAGGAUGCCAGCGAAACGGAGCGCCUCGUGAAGCUGAUCACCGGAAUGGGCUAUCCGGAGGGCGAGGCCCGUCUCGCUCUCGCCCACAGCAACAACAACGUGCAGCGCGCCAUCCAGAUCCUGGUGGAGGGUCAUGGCGAUGAGGAGGACGCCGCCACGCGCUCUCACCGUCGCAGUCGUCGGCGCAUCCGGGAAUUGCGCAGCAGCCUACUCGGUAAUCCUGCCACCACCGAUUACGUCAUCACUCAGCUGAUGACGCAGCAGAGCAACGCGAGAGCCCUAACGGAAAUGCUAAACGGCGGCAGUGCGGAGGCCAUGAAGCUGCUGCUGGCCGAGGAGGGUGAGGGGCUGGAGGAGGAGCAGCUGGGAAGAGCUUUGGAGCCGGAAUCCCAAGAAGACUCCAACGGAGAGGAGGUGGAAGAGGGAGAGGAGGAGGAGGAGGAAGAGUAGGAGAAGGAUGGCUCUCCCAGUGAUUCGAAAAACUGGAUUUUUUAUUUUAAUUGUCAUGCUUCUUUGAAUAUUUUUAUUAUUUUUUAAAAGU